AUGAUAAUUUUAAUUGAAUAACUACAAAUGAUAAAGUGUCUAAUUCUGAAGUUAGAGAAAAUAGUUAGAAUUUAAGAAACCAUUCUUAAAUACAAGUAGGAGAAAAAAAAUUCUAAAAUACUUAAUUAACAAUAUCAUAAUGACUUUAAUCAAUUAAUGAAUAGUUUUCAUACCAUACAAAAUACACAAAGGAAAUAUUAAAAAUUCAAUUUUAAAUUAAAAAAAUUGAUUAAAACUACUAAAGAUACAUUGUUUUAAGAAAAAAAUCAAAAACAUCACAUAUUUUUUCAAAGAUAAAUGAAAUAAAAUGUAUAUGAAAAGGAAUAAAUUUAGAGACUAAAUAAAACUGAGGCACUCAAAUUUAAUAAAGAAACCAAUUAAUUCAAUGGUUUUAAUAUAAGAUAGAGGAUAAAAAAAAUUACCCUUAAAAAUCAUCAUGUCCUAAAAAAACUUUUAUUGGGUCUGAAUCAUCAAUGGAGGAUAAAAGUGUAACUAUUAUGUCAUUUCAUUUAAAGGAUAUGA